AUGAAAAUUAAUGAAUUUGAUAUAGCAAUUCGGAUUUUAAUAAUAAUUAAAAGUGGAAUUAAAAACUAUUAUAAAAAAGAAUUUUUAUAUUCUUCAAUCAUUGGGAGCAGUAGAAUCAGUCGGAAGAGCAUUUACAAUGUGGAAGGACUGAAGAUUGAUAAAAUGGACAACUUGAAUAUAAAAAUUUAAUAUUCUUCUUCGUUAAUUAAAUAUUAUUUUUAAUUUAUCUGUUUGCAAAUGUUCCACACUUAUUUAAUGCCAAAAUUAGGAGGUAUCGCAUGUGCACAAAUAUGAUAGACCCCAUGAAUUGUAUAAUUUAGGGUUAGAAUGGGAGAGGAGGAUUAUUUUUAGGGAAUAUCGAGAGUGCUGGUAAUGGGAAACUAUUAGGCCAUCAUGAUAUUGGUGCAAUAUUAGCUGUGAUGAGUACGAAGGAUUUCACGUAUGAUGCACAUAUUGCUCAUAAGGUAUGGAGUUGUUUUGUAUAGAGUAGUUUAUUAGAAUUGACGAUGCUGACUUUGUAAAUUUAAGUAAGUAUUUCGAGGAGGCAAUUGAUUUUAUUGAUAUCAAUCGAUAGCAAACCAAUGUGUUAGUACAUUGUCAUGCAGGAGUUUCAAGAUCUGCGACAAUUGUUAUUGCUUAUCUAAUGAAAACUUAAAAUAUGUCGUUGGAACAAGCAUUUAAACAUGUUCAGAAUCAGCGACGAAUUGUAAAUCCCAAUCCUGGAUUCAUGAGACAAUUGAAGCAAUAUGAGUAGAAGUUGUAGGGUUCAAAUUCUCUGAGGACUUCAACAGUGAAGCAGAAGGAGAGAUAACACUCUUAGACCAAUCUUCGACAAAGUUAAUUUGUUUAACACCCUUCCUCUGAAAAUUACAAUUCUCUCUACCAGUAGUAUCAGCCUCAUCGUCAAUAUCAGAGUGCUUCAGAUUUAAUGAGACAAUCUCAGUAUAAUUAUGAAAGACUUAACUCAAGGUAAUCAUUUAAAUGAUGAGUAUCAUUAGACAAAUGCAUUAUCCCUAUAUGCCUUAACAUUAUGCACCGUAUGUCAGAAACUAUAGUGUCCCGUAUGGAUAGAAUCCUCUGCCCUUUUCUACUUACAGAUAGUGAU